AUGGAACAUAAUAAACCCUCACAAAAUAACAAUGAUAAUGGUUAUCCAUCAAAUAUAAAUUAUAACUAUAAUCCACCCAUGAUGAACAAUAAUAGUUCAAUGUAUUACGGAGAUGCUAAUUCGCAUCGACAACAAUCUAUGGCCGACUCUAAUGCUUCAGCUCAACAGUACCCUUCACAUACUGGUCAUGCUAAUGCCAAUCCACCGCUAUCCGCAAACUAUAUUCCUAACCCUAACCCUUUCCAACCAAGUCAUAACAUCUUUAGUUUUGACAUUCCUGGCUUUAAGAUUAUUAUCAUACCUGUAGACAAUUCUAAUUCAAAUUUUGCUAAUAAUAGCUUUCAAACUCAAUAUCAACAAUCAUUUAAUAAUUUUAAUAAUUUUAAAAAACGCUCUUGUAUAUAUACCCUUUAUAAAGAGUGUUAUUCAACUAAAACUACUGCUAAAAUGGAAAUUGUUGGUCAUCAGUUUUACGAAUAUAUCGAAAAAGAAACAACUGGAAAUUUUAAUGAUAAACCCAAAUUUGGUCAUCCGCGUAUCGUUUAUGGACAUUAUGAAAGGAGAAUUGUCAGACUGAUUACAUCUGGAAAAUGCUCAACAGCUGUAAAAGUGCAUUCACAGGCGAUCUAA